GAAUGUUUGCCACUAAAACUGGAGCUCAUCUUGCGUCAGCUAUUACCAAGAGCGCGUUCCAACAAAGAUGGUCCAGCGCAGUUUCCACAAGCUACCGCAAGACUCGGGAAAUGGCCUCACUCGGUGGAGCGGAGCACGAAUCUCCGUCUCUUGUCAUUUUUGACAAGGAUGGAACUCUUCUGUGUUUCCAUACCAUGUGGAUCCCAUGGAUCCAACACACAGCUCAGAGCAUUGAAACUUCGACUGGACUUGUGCUAUUCCCAAAAAUUGCCCAAUCUCUAGGACUGUGCUUAGCCGAGAAUAAAGUGAAACCGGGUCUUCUUGCGGAAGGAACCACCGGUCAAAUUGCAAAUGAAAUCUCAUCUCUUCUCAUGGAUAAUGGAAUAAAAUCUUUUGAAGCACGCGAAAUAACAAAUAACUCCUUGACCAAUUCGUACGAUAAAAUUCUUUCCACCGAUCUUGUCAAGGAGCUCGCCGAUACAGUUGCCCUCUUCACAAGAUUAAAACAACAUGGGACAAAAAUUGCGGUCUGUACAGCAGAUAAUAGAAAAAGUUCCCUCCUUGCUCUGAAACGUAUGAAUGUUGAUCAUUUAGUCGAUAUGAUUGUUUGCGGUGACGACAAAAACACUGCUCCAAAACCUUCUCCUCAUAAUGCCAUAAAAAUUUGCAAACAUCUUGGUGUCGAUCAAUCGAAAGCGAUAAUGGUUGGAGACACUCGAGUUGAUAUGGAAAUGGCUCACAAUGCUGAACUCGGAGCAGCUGUUGGAGUACUCUCCGGAAUUGGCUGCAAAGAUCAUCUUCACAGAGCUGAUGUUCUGUUAGAACAUAUUGGACAUUUGGUUAACACUUUCUACGAGAAUCGAUAAAUUAUUGAAUAGAUUUUUUAAAAUUACUCUGAACUCGGUAUGUCUACUAAUUUCUGUAGAUAUGUAUUUUUUUGUAAAAGAGGUUCACUUUUUUUGAAAUCUCUUAUUGUGUACGUAUUAAUCAGCGUAAUAAUGUAUUUUAUUGAAAAUACAAUAUGAAGUAUACACGAUGU